GUCCCUUCCUCGGCUGGAGCAAGUCGUCGACUAUGGCCGCUACGCCCUCGCAUGCUUCUCCCGUCGAAAAAGCCGUUCCUGCACAGAAAAGCUUGGGGGCGGCCGCCGUGAUGGUGCUGUACCUGCUGAUGGGGCACAGCGUGACGUACCAGUGGUACGCGCACGCUGCCUUCCUGCUCGCUUUCACCUACUGCCUCAACAACACGCUCAUCAUCAUCUCGGCCGUGGCUUCGCCUUCCACCCAGAACCACCUUCAGCAGACUCUCUACUACUCGCUGUACCACUGCGCGGCCGGGCUCCUCUUCCUAGUUGGAUGCGCCGUGUUUUACGGCGUCGACAAAGGGGACGCCUUGCGGUUCCGGAAUCUCACGGGGACCGCGCUGCUCGGCGUCGCAAUACUCCAUGUGUGCCAUGGCCUGAGCACCCUGAUGCCGUGAGCGCUGGCCUGCCUGCACUUCGGUUGGCCCGACCGACCGCCCUACUAAUUGGUCGCUCCGCCACGACUCAGGGCCUCAACCCCUAAACACAUUUUUAUCUGUGUUUUCUUAAAUUAUUAUUUAGUGUGGUUUUCAUUAAAGCGUAUUGAA